AUGUCCUCGCACCAUGCAUCCAUCCCCGAGACUUUCUCUAAGGCUAAUGAGAAAGGUCUCGAAGAAGAGCGUAUCGAGUAUGUCAGCUCUCCCAACGGUGACGAUCACCAUAUACACGAUACCGAAGCCGUCGGAUACCUCAAUCCCUCCGUCGUGAUCACACUUGAAGAGAACAGACGCCUUCUCAGGCUCAUAAACACACGGGUCCUGCCCUGCAUGAUCAUCUGUUACCUGGCGCAGGCCCUUGACAAAGGUGUCUUGGGCACAGCAAGCAUCAUGGGCCUCCAGCAAGAUACGGGCAUGGUUGGUCAGGAUUAUGCCCUUACGAAUACCAUCCUGUGGAUUGGCGUCAUUGUCGGCGAGCUCCCCGCCAAUCGACUCGUCCAAAUCAUUCCUCUCGCGAAGUUUGUUAGUGUCUCACUGAUCUUGUGGGGCCUCGUCCUCCUCGCAAUGAGCUUCUUGAGGAAUGUCAAGGCAAUCCUAGCGUUGCGGUUUGUGCUCGGCUUCCUGGAAUCGGUAUCGGGCCCUGUCCUCCUUGCUAUCUCUGUCAUGUGGUACAAGCGGCACGAGCAACCCUUGGUCGUCUCUGGCUAUCAAACAAUGAUCGGCGCCAACAGCGUAAUCUCCGGCCUACUUGGGUACGGUUUCUAUCACGUUCAGAACAGCACCCUAUAUGGCUGGCAGUACCUCAUGAUUCUCAUCGCGGGUCUGUCCAUUCUUAUGGGUGCCUUCAUCGCCGUGUGGAUGCCCGACUCACCCCCUCGCGCAAAAUGUUUCUCCGAAGAAGAUAAAGUACUCAUGGUGGAGCGUGUAAGGGCGAACGACCAAGGCUUGCGUAACACCCACUGGAACCCAGCCCAGGCACGCGAGGCAUUCCGCGAGCCCCUCAUUUACAUGUUAUUUCUUGCAAUGGUGCUCAACACGCUCAUCACUGGCGGACUUGGUUCCUUCUCGGCCCUGCUGAUCAACCAGGCAUUUGGAUUCGAUGUACUCGAUUCACAGUUGCUCUCCAUGCCCUUGGGAGUAUUCAGUAUGACUCUCCUCAUGACCAGCAGCUAUGCUGCAUCCCGCACAAAGCAGACCAUCUAUGUCAUUCUGGCGCUCUCGAUCCCCAACAUCGCGGGCUCGAUCGUCCUUUUGACUGUGACGCCAGGGAUGUCCACGCGUGCCGGCCUUCUUGUUGCGUUCUAUAUCAUGCAGUGUUUCCAAGCCCAGUCGCCGCUAAUCCUGACGGUGACCUCUCGUAACAUUGCGGGACAAAGCAAGAAAGUCAUCGCCUAUGCCGCUACGUUCAUUGGCUGGUCUGGCGGCAAUGCUAUUUCCUCUCAAAUAUUCCAGUCCCAAUGGGCGCCGCGCUACAUCAACUCGCUGUAUAUUCACUGCGGCAUAUAUGCGCUCUUUAUCAUUCUUAUGCUGUCCAUCCGCAUCAUGUUGGUUCGAAGGAAUCGAGAGAAAGAGAGGGCAGCUGAAGGACUGAGAGAGGGACAUGGUCACCGCAAGGCGUUUGAUGAUUUGACGGAUCGGGAGAACCCCGAAUUUAGGUACACACUCUAG